GCGCUCGCGAGGUCGUGAAAGGGAUCGAGCGCGAAUGGCACAAAUGGAACCUAAUAAAAGGGGGCGCGUGCUCGGAGCGCAGCACAGGAACAGUGCGUACAGUUUGUUGCAGUAGACACGAGCGUGUCGGAAAACGGAUAAAGCCUAUCACUGGUCGAAAAUUUGCUGAUGUGAAUUCCUGCUCGCCCGUUCACCACUGUCUCAAGGAGAACAGCUCCUUCUGAAAAUAAGGAGCCUCCUGUGGGACAGUUUUCUGCAGGCAACACUCUCGGGGUGGAGGUGUGCAAAGUCCACAGGCGGUUUUCUGGCAAUCUGCAGCUGCCUCCGUUGUCAUGGCGACAGGCGGAGAAGGAGAGGGAAAGGGGAAGGCCGCUCACACCAGAAGAAGAUCCCGGGACCCAUACCAGACCUACGAGCCUGCCCAUCGCCUCUCUGCCUCGCAUUGACAUCACACAGGCUGACCCUGACAGGUGAGGCUGUGAUAAACACAUUGACGUGAUCAAACGCUUUAUAAGGCGGCACCGAUGCUGCGCACGUUUGGGCAGAUUUUUUUUCCAUGUACUUCUCUGCGUUUGUGCUUUUGUUGUGCUGCAGUAAUAAUGUAGUAAUUUGAGAAAAGCAGCACAGCUUGUGUACUGGGUAACAGCGGGAGGCCGGUGUUUUCUCCCAUCUAGAUCUGACAUUAGAUUUGCAAACAAGCAACAAAGUUGGCAUUUAUGAUUUUUUUUCAGCUCCCAGCAGUCUUCAGCACCUUGGUUUCUUCUUCUUCUUCUUCUUCUGUUUUUUAUUUUUAACCCUGUCCCCUUGUGACAGAACACAGAGUUUUCUCAUUUUUAAGGGGGCAGUUGUUUAACUGCAGGGUUGUUUUUAGUUUCUAGGCAGAGGAACAAUAACAGACUGCUGGUCUAUCCAUUUUUUUUUCAAACUAUGUAAUAUACCUGUAAGUAUGAUAAGAGGGGCACCUCAAUCCACAUCAUUUCCUCAGGGAAUAAUAAAGUAUUCUGAUUCUGAACUGUUUGUCCAAUUCAGAGUCACUGGGUGGCAGGACCUGAUUUGAGCUGUCAUAGGGUGAAAGGCAGGGUACAUACUCGACAGCUCAUGUGUCUAUCGCAGUGACAACACAAAGAGGCAGACAACACAUUCAUGUUACGGCAAAUUUAGAAUCACCAGUCAAACUAAGAUUCAUGUGUAUUGAAUGCGGGAAGAAGCUAGAGUUCCCCAAAAAAACCCACACAGACACGGGAAGAACAUGCAAACACUUGAAGUUGCUGAAUAGCAGUUUCCCUUACGUAUUAUUUCGUUGAGCCAUUAUGAUUCAUCCCACCAAACUACUUUCUCUUUUGAGAUCUUUUGAAUCUAUUUGAUCUGUUUUCCGUUGUAUUUUUUGUUGCUUUCAUCUGUAUAAGACUUAUACUAUGUCCUCGUGCUUUUGCAAAACCCAUGUUUUUCAUGAAAAACAUGGGUUGGAUUUAUCUGGAUUACAGGUCAGGAGCACAGAAACUUUUGCUCUGUUUAUUGCACAACACUGGAGACGCCCCAUAACUUUUUGCUUUGUUUUCCAGCUGCUUUUGAGUAGCCAGUCAGCUUGUUGAUAAGGCUUCUGUUCAUAUUGAUUAGCAUUAUAAAUAAUGCAGUGGGGGACUGUCUGGAUCAUAUCAACCAAUAAAAAUGAAUCAUAAGUUCAGCCAUAUUUAUUUCAGUUUGUGAGUGAAUAUUUUAGUGCAGUCUUGUCCGGCAUCAGACUUGGUUGUAAAGCGGACUCUUUAAUGGAAACUAGUGGAGAAUUCAAAGGGGUCGGGUUGGGCCAGGCAGACUGUUGCAGUGUUACUUCUAGUCAUUCUGGCCAGAAACUCUCACCAAGGUCCUCAGGCAAGCAGGCAACGAUCAGACGUCUUCAUCGAUACAGACGCUUCACUGUAGCCAGCGCAUGGUAAGGAUAUUCUUUUGGGGGUGUUAAAGAGAGAAGGAAAUAAAUAAAAUAGAGGAUCGAAACUCAAGUAGUGGGUUUGCUUGUCAGCUGUAUUGUGUUUUUGAAGAGCUACAGCAGGUAGUUGGGAUUGUGGAUUUAUUUAGUAACUCAGGCGGACCCUUAUUUAGAAGUAGUUUAUUUCAGGUUGUCAAAAAUGUCCCUGCUCCAGGAUGAGUUAGAGCCCAGGGGACUCAUUUUUAAAAAAUAAUUCAUUGGUGUGGAAAGAUGCCUUAGAAAAAGACCCUGAAAUAACACGUUAAAAAAAGGAUAUUAGCAGGAAACAGUCCCCUUUAUGUCAUACCUUACGUAAGGUAAAGUUUAUUUAUAUAGCCCAAUAUCGUGGGGUUGUCACUGCGAGCUUCCAAUAAAACACACAGCAAACACUUUAUUACGAUAAAAGUGUGAGACAUCUCUGGAAAGCCAUUUGCGAUUCUAGGACCAAAGCGAUUGGCAGACAUCCCUGUGCUGUACGUACAGAGUGUUGAAAUACUCAGAUGAUGAAAUUCACCCUUGGGGCGUGAUUUCAUCACAAACGUUUUAGUUCUUAAAAUAUUUUUAAAAGUACACGCUGAGCAAAGCAGCGUGCUGGGACUUUCUCCUCUGGGAUCUACUUACAUUAAUGUGUGUGGCUAACCCAUGUUGUUCAUAUAGACUACGGCACGAUUCUACCCUUUGUUUCCCUUCUUAAAUAAAUCCUUCUGUUAAUGCCACAAACUUGGAUUCAUCAGAAAACAGGUUUUUUUUCCCCCAAUCGUCAGUUGUGAAACAUUGGUAAUGGUUUUAUCCAGUCCAAAGAGUUUAGCCUUGUUUUUUCUCCUGAGAAGCCAUUUAGCGACAGGCCAUCUUUUGACAGUACUUUUCUUUUUCUAUUUUCUUUUUGGGACCCUCUAUCUUUGAUAAAAUUAACUUCUAACUUUCAUGUCUAAGUGAAAAAACCCAACAUAUCAAUCUGCCGAUAGCGUGAUUACUUCUGGCCUGUCUGAUUUUUCUUUAGAUACGUCUGCUUAUCAUGCAACUAGAAAAGUAAUUUGACACUUUCACCUACUUAUGAUCCAAGUCCCACUACCACAGGGCUGCUUAGUGAGCAAUGUUUUGCUGUACCAGGCAGCGACAUGUAAGUUAAAAUCUGACAUUGUCUUAUCUUUGAUUUGAUUAAUAGUCUGUAAAUAACCGUUCCUUCAUUGUACCCCUCAUAAUCUCUGGUGGUUUUAAAUGUUAAUCCAAGCAUCAGAUUUCCUGACGAUUUCCAGGCCUACGUGGAACUGUGACCCCGCUGUAUAUACUGUAUAUGGAAGGCUUUUAGUUAAGCUCUGGUUCUCCUCAGUCUUCCACAUGUCAACCAAGUCAACAGACCUUCAGCCUAAUCACAGAAAUCAACUACUGUUAUGGACAUUGAGUUUUAUAAACAGUAGCUAAGUACCAGAGAAUUUCUAAUAAUACAUUGUCUGCAAUCAGAAGAAGAGCACAGCCAUAUUGCAGCUUUAAUAACACAUCACAGCAUCAGAAACCUCCUGCUAGUUUUCCUCUUUAUUUUACACCACACAGUCACUGUACUGUCUCUUAACACACAGAUGUGUUUUUUUCUCAUCUGGGGAAAUAUAUACAGUGUACAUUAAAUGCACAUUAACUAUAAUCUCCAAAGUUGGCAAAUAAAUGAGGAUCUGGAUUUUCCACUUAAUCCCGACGUCCCACUGUAAAGUGUUGUCGGCGCUGUGUUUUAAUACAGAGGGAUAAAGGACAGGCGGCCAGAUAAACAGAGCGACUGCUGGUGCGUUUUUCCUGCGCUUCAGCCCAGAUCUGCAUGUUAGCAUCUGCCAAGCCUACGUUAUUCCAGCACGUGGGCUGCUACUGGACAGAAAAGGGAGGCUAUAAAAGUGUGUGUGUGUGUGUGUGUAUGUAUGAGUGAGCAGACACAGUGUCACUGUUUUAUGUUGCUCGAUGUGGAAGUGGAUGAGGGAGAAAAAUGUUUCGAAGGUCUCCUAGGUGCAGAGCUGGACAUUUUGACUUCAGUGAGGAAGUUGUCAACAGAGCACACCUCUCAGCUCCAAGGUGAUGUUUCAGUAGUUUUCUCUCUUUUUUUAUUGCAUUAUAGUAUUUUAUAUGUAUAUGAGUCCUUUUUUCACUCUACAUGUCAAUAUUUUAGAAAAAUAACUUCAUUGGUAGAUUUUAACAUGAUGCUCUUUUUUUUUUAACCUUAUUUUUCAUUUCCACUGUACUGCAUGUUUACUGAAAGUUCUGCAGUUUAUCCGAAUCUACAGAAAUUGCGUUCAUAUGCUGUGGUUUCUUGAUUGGUUUCACACUGUGGGAUUAGAUCCCUGUAGUUAAAAUAUGUUGUUUGGUGAAACUGAAUGAUGCAAAGCACAACACAGAUGACGCUGGUCUUCCUGCAUGUGUGUAAUCAGAGUUCUCACAUUAAUCUGAGCUUCUCUGGCAGAGGUGUGGGACUGAGUGUCUCAGUGGGACACGCGCCUAGUUAAUCCCACAUGUAGGAGAAAUUAAAGAGGCGGGCUUUAACGUGGAGAAAACAUGAAGUGGCACUUCUAAUAAAAUGAAGUACCCAUUUUUGUGUGUAAAUGGUAAUCAAGCUAAGGACUCUGAGUUAUUUUUCCAUUUCAUGGUUUGUGGCAUCUGCUAUUCCUGCUGGGCCCUGACAGUUUGACCUUGCACCUCUAAACUCCUGUCCAUCUGACCCAAUCAUCUGGUUACACAAUAGCUCGUCCCUGUCCUCUGCACAAACUCUGUGGUGACAAACAGAUUAUGUCUCUGUGUGCAUCUGUGGUGGUUUUUAUUGAUCAAACAAUUAUGGAGGAAAGCUGCAUUUUUUUAUGUGUCAGCUAAGAAUGCUAAGAAAGGCCAUAAAUUCUACAAUAUUAUAUUGUCUUCCAUUUAAAUAAGUUUAUUAUCAUUAGUUCAAUUUUAGUGUUCAAAUACAUUCAUCUUAAACAAUGAGGGAAGGUAAUCAACAUGUAGGCAGAUGCUUGUGAGUGCAUCAGUUACUGUAAAAGAAAACGUAGUUAGUAAAAAAGCAAAAAUGUGCCUUGAAUCACACAGCAGGGAGCUGGUCACUCUUUGUAUGUCAUUUCCUAACUACUGGGUUUGAAUGGAAUUGUCAGUGUUCCAGUAAGAAACAAACCAGACAAGCAGAUUACAGUAAAGCCAGCCCUGCUUGUACAGACAGUAAAGCAUACUUAUUUAAUGAGUGUUAUAGUUUUUUCUUCAGCUGUGGAUGAAUGGAUGAGUAAUUAUUUUAGGACUCAUGCAAUAAUCUACUUCCUGGAUAGGAUUUGUCAACAUGUUGUGCAAGCCAGUACUUACAGGUAGAUUAUGGAAGGUAUUUUCAAGAUGACGAUGAUAAUUUAAAAGUUAAAUUUAAAUGACAAGAUUGAUGAUCAAUCAGACUUUGACUUAUGCUUUUAAAACUAAUAGAUUUAAGAACUUGCUUUGCGUUGUAAUGAAUCACAUCUUGAUAUUUUCUUCUUUUCCUCCCCUGAUUGUUUUUUCACUUUCUUUUAGUUUUGAAGGGGAGAAUGGCCCAUCAGUGUGCUGCAGCCCAUCAGACCCUCAGGCAUCCCCAGGUUCAGGUCUGGUUCUUCAUCCCAAUAUGGCAGCUUACGGCCAGCGGCGAGAGUCCUUCCUGUACCGCUCUGACAGCGACUAUGAGCUAUCACCAAAAUCCUUAUCCCGAAAUUCUUCCAUCGUUGGAGAAUUACAUGGAGAAGACUUGAUUGUGACACCGUUUGCCCAGGUUCUGGCAAGUCUUCGGACUGUUAGGAACAACUUCACCACCUUGACAAAUGUACAGUGUGCAUCUAAUAAGAGGUCUCCAGCUACAAAUCAGCCCCAUGUCACCAAAGUAUGCCUGUCAGAUGAGUCCUACCAAAAGCUGGCUAUGGAAACCAUGGAGGAGCUGGACUGGUGUCUGGACCAGUUGGAGACCAUCCAGACCUACCGGUCUGUCAGCGACAUGGCCUCCAACAAGUUCAAGAGGAUGCUGAACCGGGAGCUAAGCCACCUGUCUGAGAUGAGCCGAUCAGGCAACCAAGUGUCAGAGUACAUCUCCAGCACCUUCCUAGACAAGCAGAAUGAGUUGGAGCUUCCGUGUCCAGUUCCAAAGCCGAGGGAAAGGAAGAGGAGGCAGGGCCAGCAGCAACAGCAACAGCAGCAGCAGCAACACGGUGGGAUGAUGACACAGAUCAGUGGGGUGAGAAAAGUCAGCCAUACAUCAAGUAUCUCGGGAGGUGCUGGAAAUCGCUUUGGGGUCAAGACGGACCAGGAGGAAUUGUUGUCAAAGGACCUGGAACACAUCAACAGAUGGGGCCUGAAUAUUUUCAAAGUGGCUGAGCAUUCUCACAAUCGACCUCUCACAUGCGUCAUGUACACCAUCUUCCAGGAGCGAGACCUGAUGAGGACGUUCAAGAUUCCAACGGACACCUUUGUGACGUUCAUGCUGACCCUAGAGAGCCACUAUCACUCCGACGUGGCGUACCACAACAACCUCCACGCUGCCGACGUAGCCCAGUCCACACACAUCCUCCUCUCCACCCCUGCAUUAGAUGCGGUCUUCACUGACCUGGAGAUCUUGGCAGCCAUUUUUGCAGCAGCCAUUCACGACGUGGACCACCCGGGAGUCUCCAACCAGUUCCUAAUCAAUACAAACUCUGAGCUGGCCCUGAUGUACAACGAUGAGUCAGUGCUGGAAAAUCACCACCUGGCCGUGGGCUUCAAACUGCUGCAGGAAGAAAAUUGCGACAUCUUCCAAAACCUCACCAAGAAGCAGAGGCAGACGCUCCGGAGGAUGGUCAUAGAAAUGGUUUUGGCAACCGACAUGUCUAAACACAUGAGUCUGCUGGCGGAUUUGAAAACAAUGGUGGAAACCAAGAAGGUCACCAGCUCUGGUGUCCUGAUGCUAGACAACUACACAGACAGGAUGCAGGUUCUCCGUAACAUGGUUCAUUGUGCAGACCUGAGCAACCCCACCAAACCUCUGGAUCUGUACCGGCAGUGGACUGACAGAAUCAUGGAUGAGUUCUUCCACCAGGGAGACAGAGAGAGGGAGAGGGGGAUGGAAAUCAGCCCAAUGUGUGACAAACACACAGCUUCAGUAGAGAGGACUCAGGUUAGCUUCAUUGAUUACAUAGUGCACCCUCUGUGGGAGACGUGGGCUGACCUGGUCCAUCCCGAUGCCCAGGACAUCCUGGAUACACUAGAGGACAACAGGAACUGGUACCAAAGCAUGAUCCCCCAGAGCCCCUCACCUCCUUUCUACACCAGUGAUGGAGAAGGAGGACCUCACGGGGAGGUGGAAGGGCGGCCUGUAGCGAGUAAAUUCAAGUUCGAUCUAACGCUGGAUGACCAGGAAGGACAAGGUGAAGACAGUGGAAUGAUGGACACAGCUGACAGUUGUGACAAUGUGACAUUACAGCAUCUUCCCUGUGAUCAGGAAGGGGCAGAUAUGACAACACAUGACGGCUCCCCGUCGGAAACAUAGCCGAAAUGGUGGCGUUCUUGGAGCGUAGCACGUUUUUGGUGAAUUCAUUUUAUUGCAGUGGAGCAAUCCUGCAAUUUGGCUCUGGCGGGAGCUGCUUGGCAAAGAGGGCCUGACUGAAUGUGGGGCACCCCUGCAAACGAGGCUUGGAAACCCUGCGGUAGUUUGUCUUUGAGCCCCCCUGGAAGGGAGCUGGAAGAGUGUAGGCUCUGUUCUUUACAAAAGGGACUACUGUUGGACUGCAGAGGCAGAGCCUAACCUGGGUUCUUUCAGACAGAGAAUGUGAAGUGGACGUAUGAAUCCGUGUACUGGGACAAGUCUAAAUUUCAAACUUGCACUUCAGGACAUUUUUUUAAAAUGUUCAUUUAGAUUCUUUGUAUCGUGUCGAGAUUGGAUACGAUCCUGUAUUGUCCAACCACAGCUACUGGUCAGCGAGUUAUUUGUAACCCAGUAGUGUUUUUUUAACACUUGUCUAAAAAGAGUAGUGUGCCUUUUUUUACAAGUGUGUGUUUUUGUAAGUGGUUUUUUUUUUUUAAUAAUUUAUUGAACACAUUCAUGUAGCUGUGUGUCAGAUUUUCUACAAAACGGACAUAGCUGUCUCACACAGUCUUCCUGAUGUUCUGGCAAUAGUAUAAGCUUGUUCUUCACAAAUGGAUGUAUAUUCAAAAAAAAAUCAGCUGACUUCCCAGCACAAUUUGCACUUUGUGGCACACACAGUUAAACCAAGACAAAGACAGCAUCUGUAACUUAAAGGAGAGACCAUAGCAAGCAUGUCAAACCAAAUAAUUUGAUUUGAUUUAUCCAAAUAAGUAACUGCGUAAGCAAUUAAAUGACUCAUAGGCUAGAUUUCGUAAAAGAGGAAAAACCGUUUUUUUUUUGUUUUGUUUUUUGUAGAACAAAAACCAAAACUCCAAAGAUCCUAUAAGGAAAGCACUUUGUUGGAUUCACUGCCACCCCUCAAAAGAGUGAUCGCAUUUCCAAAGAGUAACUGGUGUGACAAGUCAAACUUCCGAGCGGCGGCGAGAUUGAUUCCCUCUCACUUAAAGCCAGUUACAGACUAAAUUCUCACUACAAUCUUCCAAGAUUAAAGUGGAAAAGAAAAUAUUUCAUAACCCAGUUGCGUUUAAGCCCCAUCCAGUGUGGAAAAACUGUCUCCGCCCUGUAAUUCCCCUUUUCAUUGCCUCACACAACACACCUGUUGUGGUUAGCAGUAUUCUCAUGAAUAGGCUGACUCAUUUUGAACUUUGAAUGACUUCAAGGCAGUUUCAGAAGACACCUGUCAGUAAUGGAAUAAUUGAAUCUUGUAGUUUUUCAUUGCAGCACUUUGAAUACGUCGACAGUUAUGCAGCUGGUUGCUGAUCUGUCCAAACACUUCCUUAGAGGUACCACGUUGUAUGGUCAUAAUACGGGGAGAUCAGUUUCAUGUUUCACCAUAUGACAUUCUCCUCCUGUGUGUGUGUGUGUGUGUGUGCGUGUGAGGAUGUGAGAGUGUAUUUAAGUGGUCACAGAGUUGCACAGUCCUGUUGCACCCAACUGUGUUGUGCUGACCCUUAAGCUGUUUGUAACAGUGUAUUUAUUACAUUUUCUUGUAUAUGUUAAUACUGAAUUGAUAAUAUUCGCUGUAUAUUUGUUAUUUAUAUGCACUACCACGUGUCAAAUGACAGUUUGACUGAACUCGUUUGUUGGUUCAUCCGUGUAUAGCAAGGUAUUUUGCUAUGAGACCAUAGCAUAAAGUUAUGCAGGUCAAUUUUGACGAUUUGAAAAGUAUGUUUCAUUUGAAAUUCCAGCCAGAAGUGUUUGUACGGUGGAAGCCAGCAGCGCUUCAUACGAGGCGCAGCAGAAGCUUUUUUAGUCCUUUUGUUCCUGGCGAAGGCUGGAUAUUUACUGCAGCAUAAUGUGUACGGUGACAGGUCAUUGUACAGCUAUAAGAAUAUUUGCUGAAAUUUAUACCAUUGUUUCAAAUGUAUUUUUUCAGUGUUUUCUUCACAGUAUACUGUAAAACGGUGUAUGUUGUGCUCAGCAAAUGUUUUCUAUCAGAUUAUUAAAAUGGGCAUGUAUAAUAGA